UCAAAGUGCAAAGGAGGGAGGAGGGUUUAGGGUUACAGAAUACAGACAGAGAUGUGUGGAAUAGCUUUAAUUGUAUUGGGUGUUCGCAUCGAUUUGUCAGCUAUCAGCCUCGAUUUUUCAUCUUCAGCUACUACAGAAGGCAAGCCGGCGGUGUUCUCGGUGGACGACCUUAAAGCGGGUCUACGGAGGAGAGGUCCGGAUAGCUUGGGUGGCAAGAAGGUUUUUCUCCAUUUACUUUCGACUUCCGUUGCGGAGCCACGGAUAUCUUCCCUGGUGUUGGAAGAAGAGGACAAUGAAAGUGGAGGUUUUGGACACAAAGCAAAUGGAGGAACUUGUAGUCUUUGCGUGUCGGAACCUGUUGCCGAUGCGGAGCUGCAUUUUAUUGGUGCUACAUUACAACUUAGGGGAUUGAAUCCCAUAAUUCAGCCCUUGGUGGAUUCCUUUGGCAAUGUCCUUAUUUAUAAUGGUGAAAUAUUUGGAGGAAUUCAUGUUGACAGUGACAGCAAUGAUGCCGAAGUUCUCAUGGAAACUCUGGGAAAAUGUUGCUCCUGCAACUCCCACAGGCAUCCCAAAGUAUGCUCUAGCAGUGGUGAAGAGCGAACUUCUGUUCCGGAUGUUCUUUCUGCAAUCAAGGGGCCAUGGGCCAUCAUCUAUUGGCAGGAUAGUUCACGGACACUGUGGUUCGGAAGGGAUGCAUUUGGUAGAAGAAGCCUCCUUGUUCACUGGCCAACUAAGGAGGACUCUCGGUUCCUGCUAUCUUCUGUAUCACCAUUUUCUUCUGUAGAUCAGAGUUCUGAUUUUGAAGUUCAGAAUGCAGCUAAUGAUCUAAAAUUUUGGGAUGAGCUUCCAUGUGGGAUAAACAGUUUAUCCUUUGAAUCUUCAAGACAGGACAGAUGCCUUAUUGGUGAAGUUAAAAGGCAUGGCUGGAGCAAUCCCAUGCUAUUAGAUCUGAUUAAAUGGGAGAGAAGUUCUGUUGAACCCACACCUGAAGAGUUAUCUGUAUCCCACUUCCUUACUAGGCAACGUGACUCGCAUCCAAGAUUUUCAAAUAUGCUAUCUGAUUCAGAAAUUUCAGUUUGGGUUCCGGCGCAGAAGCUGCUGUUUGUUCUAAGAAAUUCUGUGGUGCGGCGUUCUUCCCUUCAUAAAAUUUUUCAGCCAGCAAUGUAUGAUAGUAUUCAAGAGGGAAGUGUUCCAGUGGCAGUUCUCUUUUCUGGUGGAUUAGAUUCUAUGAUUCUGGCGGCAUUACUGGAUGAGUGCCUGGAUCCUCACUAUGGAAUCGAUUUGCUUAAUGUGAGCUUUGAUGGUGAGUUUGCUCCCGAUAGAAUCUCUGCCAAGGCUGGAGUAGAGGAACUUCAAAAAAUUGCACCUUCAAGAAGGUGGAAGCUUGUCAAUAUUGAUGUUGACUUGACAAAGUUGACCUCAGAAAUGAAGCACAUCAUGUCGCUCAUAAAUCCUGCAAACACCUACAUGGACCUGAAUAUAGGAACUGCUCUAUGGUUAGCUUCUAGUGGUGAUGGAUGGGUAAAUGAAAAAUUGAGUGAUAUUGUUGAAGAGAAUCAUCGACUUGUAAGGUACAAGUCUAAGGCCAGGGUUGUUCUGGUUGGUUCUGGUGCAGACGAGCAGUGUGCUGGUUAUGGUAGGCACAAAACAAAAUUUAGAUGUGGAAGUUGGCUAAGGCUUCAUGAGGAAAUGAAGUUGGACAUGCAGAGAAUUUGGAGAAGAAACAUGGGAAGAGAUGACAGGUGUAUUGCUGAUCAUGGGAAGGAGGCUAGAUUUCCUUUCUUGGAUGAAGAUGUUAUAAGGACUUUGCUGGAUAUUCCUUUGUGGGAGAUAGCCAACCUUGAUCAACCUAGUGGAAUCGGUGAUAAGAAAAUCUUGAGAGAGGUUGCAAGAUUACUUGGUCUGCAUGAAGCAUCGGUUCUGCCAAAAAGAGCUAUCCAGUUUGGCUCUAGAAUUGCGAGGGAAUCUAAUCGACAGAACUUUGGAAGCAAUCGGGCAGCAAACCAGGCAUCUGCGGGAAGUGCUAUUGUUAACUUGCCUUCUCACCGUACUUGACAUGAUGUACUUUGCAACUAGAUGAACACAAUUUUGGAGUGGUAGAGCUUUCAGGGUGGCCAAUCUUGAGAGUGCCAGAUAAUUGCUUCCGGGAUCUCUCAUUGGUUUGCUGGUGACAGGGAUGAUGGCCAGCCAUAGCAUUUCCAUAUGGUAUGUCUUACAGGCUCAAGUCGCAUCAAUUUGUGCAGAAGAAUUAGUAGCUGUGGGUUGGGAAGAACUUAGUAGCAUGAUUCAUCCCCUGGAUCCGGAUGAAAACUGAAGGGGAGGGGGAACAAUGGUGCAUAAUCAGGAUUGGUACCCCUAUCGUUAAUGGUUCUUUUCAUUAUUUGAAUUUAAAAAAAUCAUAUAUGUUAUCAAGUGAAGUAAAUUAUGGGGUUAAUUAUACUUUACAAUACCGAAAGAGAGAGGUUGUUACAAA